AGCAGAGCAAAUUUUGCAUUAUUCCUUCCGAACGACUAUAUUCCGCAUAUUAAGUGUUGAGUGAACAGUAUACCGCUUGUGGCGUCAAAACCUGCAGAGUGUUGAUAGUUCUAGAUGCAUUGAAAGCUGGAUUUUGCGCACAUUACUAACGUACACAUCUCGCAGACCACACAACGCGGAUCCGGCUAACAGGAUGGAAGCUGAAAUGGAUGAAAUCAUCGCCGGGUUGAAGAACGCAACGUUGGAGAAAAGUUCAGAACGUGCCCUACCCUUGCUGAAGCAAAUUUCCGACGCGGAAACGAACCUCUGUGAUAAAUACGACAUUAAGAACGAUCUGCUCGAGCUGCUGCAGCUGAACAAUGUGAGCGUGCAGAUACAGGUGGCCCGUUGCAUUGCCGAGGUGGCAAAAACCGAUAAUCAAAGAACCAAGUUCUCGAAGGAGGACGUCAUACGCCGGCUGACGGAAUUGCUCCAAAUUCCGGCAAGUGCGAAGGAAAGCACCGCAAAAGACGCAUCGCUCGAACUGGCGACACAAAUUUGCCGAGCGUUGGGCAACAUUUGCUACGCAAACGAUGACGCACGGAACAUCAUCAAAGAGCUUGGUGCGGAUAAGCAUAUCUUUGCGCUACUCGAUUACGAUGUGAAUACGGACGACGAGGAUCGCGAUCAGUUCGUACGCGUGCGGUGUGGUCUCAUUUCCAACUACCUCCUGGGCAGUGAUGAGAUUGCCGAACGGGCGGUUGAGCUAAAGCUGAUUGAAAAGCUGGAAAAGAUACUAACCCGUUGUUUGGCGGAUGUCGAUCAGCAUGAGGAGCUGCUGUUGAGCAUUCUGCCUCCGCUGAGCAUCUUAACCGAGCAGAUAAGCGAUCUGUACUUUGCACCUUCGCUUAACAAAACGAUCGCAAAGAUAUUGGCCAAAUGUACCAAUCCGGAUAUUGCCGAAUCGUGUCUCGCUUUGCUACAUUACGAGGCACAGAAUGAUGAUGUUAAGCUGCUGCUGGCGGAAGAAGGUCUCUGUGAAACGAUCUACCAGUUGUUGGAAAAGUACAAAACGUUUGCCAACACGGACGAGGCACGUGUGCUGAUGAAACUGGCUUGCGACUUGAUUGUUCUCAUACUGACGGGAGACAAAUCGAUGCACUAUCUCUACUCAACACCAUUACUGAAAUGCAUGGAAGAUUGGCUGGAUUCGUACGAUGUGGAGCUGCUGACUACCGGGGUGCUUGCUCUUGGCAAUUUUGCCCGAACGGACAGUCACUGCAUCCAUAUGGUGGAGAAGAAAAUAAUGCACAAACUGCUGUCAAUCUUGGCCAAAAACAAUGGAACCGAACAUCAGAUGACGCUGCAGCACGCGCUACUAAGCACGCUAAAAAACUUGGUAAUCCCGAAACCGAACAAGGCCGCCGUUAUAGAGGCGGGUUUGGUGGACAUCAUAUUGCCAAUGCUGGAAAUACACCAAGCGCCAGUAGUUUUCAAACUGCUCGGUACAUUACGCAUGACCGUCGAUGGACAAGAAAAACUUGCCUCGGAGCUACUGCAAAACGAGAAGCUAGUCAAACAGCUAGUCCACUGGAGCCAAACAUCAGAAUUCACGGGAGUGCUCGGUGAGUCGUUGCGAUUGAUGGCUUGGUUGAUCAAACAUGCCUACCGCCAGAAGGAAGCCGAUCAGCAAACGAUGGAUGAUACCGGUUUGCGGAAAUUCGUAUCGAUCGAGGGAGCGGUCGCUAGCAUGGUCGGUAUGCUCGCGUCAACACACCUGGUGAUGCAAAAUGAGGCACUGAUCGCCCUGAGCAUUUUGACCACCAUUUUCCACAACAAAGCAGCAACCGAGAGUAACGCACUGGAUGCGCUGCUGAUACAAGCCGGCGUUGGUGCAAAGAUUGCCGAACAGAUCACGCUGAACGGUGAAUCGAUGACGAAAGAGCUAGUGGAAAAUUUACAAACGUUCGUAAAGCAGUUGCAAUCAUCGAGCGAUGCGCUGGUGGCCCAUCUGCGGGAACAUAACAUAGAGGAGCUGCUGAAAACCAUACCCAGCAUGGUGGAGUACUGUACGCUUUGAACGAAUCGUUGCAAAACAUCCGGCAUCGAGGAAAGCCUGCACCUGCGGGGCGGAUCGAUAAAGAUUCCUUUCAAUUAACGAUUGUUUAUUUAUGGCACUGUGCGCACAAACACCCCACCCAAUGCAAUGGUGGCCGUUUCGACCAGCGAAUGUCUUGUAUGGAGGACCAGUCUGAUCUCUUCUUAGCGUAACCGUCUACUCUAAGGUGAUGCCUGUCUUAAUGGGGAGAUAUACAGACAGAAAUUUCAAAUAUAAAUUAUGAAGUUACAGCCCAACCGGGUAAUGCAAAACAAAAACACAAGGAAACGCUUCUUAUCCAAUUUUAAUAGGUAAUUUUUCGUUUAAAAAAAACACACACUUGACUUACUACACUUAAUUUUAAUGGGAUUUCGGUACCGGUCCCGUCGUGCGAAAGGCCGUUAUUUACACAUAUGAAGCAAUAGACAUUUACUUACAAACCAUACACCAACACACGCGUGUGUGAAUAGAAUAGAUCGCCAUUAGGAUGAAUGCGAUCAUUAAAAAAAAACAACCCAUUCUGUACCCAAUUUUUGUGACAAUCUGAAUCGAGAGAAUCUACCUUUUUGGGAGUUAGGUAAACAGGUUUUACGUUUACAUGUGUAGCGUAAUAUAAGCAGCAGUAAAUAAUGCAUAAUUUGUAAAACGAAUUAGCUACCAGUUUUGCAUCAUAUUCAACGCCCAUUGCGACAGGAAAUCGAUUGCAACUUUCAUUGAGUGAAUCUAUGUUUGAGGCACUUUACGUUUGCCGUGCACCGAUUGCAAUAGAGUGUGCGCACAUUAUCAAGAGCAAUUUACAGCGUAAGCUUUAAUUUACAUAACCAGCAUUGAAAUGGAAUAAUAUUAGGAAGAAUUAGUUUAGAAUCCAAGCGAAGAUACAAAACAUGUGUCCGCUUUUCGUUUACGAAAGGUGCAAAAAGCAUAACUUAACCAAUGAAUAUCAAAUAAGCGACCGGCGAACAGUGAAAUAAUGCAACGGAUUCGGAAAAGCAACAAAAGAAACAAUGCACAUCGACACACCUGUGGCAUCGCGGGGGACAGGCAGGUAACACACGGUAGUGUAGAGGAGCAACCCAGAUUAGCGCCCUCAAUACAGAAGUGGUAUUAUUAUUCAGAGGUUAAUGCAGUUCUUUUUUCUGUAGAACUUAAGAGAUCAUAUUUAAGCUGGUAUUACCUCGAUCAUCAUCACAGUUACACAUGCACCUGUGUAGUGAAAGUUGAUAAUAGCCCACAGUGUGUAUGCACCAUCCCCACUUAAUACCUUUCGGAGCGAGUUGAGAUGCUUGCAGGAUAAGAAAACCACAAUGUAGAGCGAGAUAAAACAAAAUGAUUGCACAUAGAAUUAAAAAAUGCAUACAAUGAUUACAUAUGCUUAAUGCCCUUUCCCAUUUCCAACUAGCUCUUACCGCUAUCCGUUUAAAAGCACUCUUCCUUCCAAACCUAAGAUAGAGAUAGAAGUAUAUAUUUUUAUGCCUCACCUUGUGAGCGCUUAAUAUUUAAAAUAGAUAGUAGAGUCGCGGGCCACACGAAGGAGUGGCCGCUGCUUAAAUUUAGCCCGUUAAAGCUAGCCAGAGAUAUUAGCGUCUAACGAUAAGAUUAUUCUUAUAAAAGGAAAACAAACAAAAAAAAGAAACAAUAUCAACAGUAUUUUACUGCAUUUGCAUAAAGUAUCUUAACCUGAAAACAGAAAAAAGCCUCGAAACACGAAGUUAAAUGCGUAUAUGCAGAAAAUCACGAACAUAACAAAUAUAUUAUAUAUAUAUACAUCAUGUUUGAGAGUAGUUUGGUACACACCACACUCUUUGAUACACGGCAUACAAAUUUGUUGCAAAUAUAAAUCGACAAAACAAUGAAUUACGGAUAGAACGCAAAUGGUAAGCAAUGUUUUCAAUGACUUAAACGAAGCCCAAAUACUCCGACUAUACUAAGAUAAUGGUAGCGUUUGAAGUUCGAAUGUAGUUGGAGGUGUAGAAAACCAUGUUAGUAUCUACGGAGGACGUGAACCGAUGAACCAAACAGUUGAAAUUGCAACUUCUUUCUUCUAUUCGCUCGCUGUGCGUAUGUGUUUGCACAUUGAUCAAGCGUUUUGUUUUCUUUCACACAACUAUUCUCCAAACGUUGCUGUUGCAAAAGCAAGCAAAUAGUUAAUAUACAACCGCACACCGUGAGCACACUUAAUCAUUCGCUUUCAAGUUCUUUGACGUGGAAGACGAAGCGUCGGGGAUUGAAGUUACAAUAUAUACAUGCGCAAGUACGUAGAGCAUUUCGGUGCAGUCGGCACAUCCAAUAUGUAUUAGAUACGAUUUAAUUACGAAUAACAUCAACGAUCGAUCCCGUAGCGUAGGUCAGUAGUGUGUGCGAACGCCACAAACGGGCAUCCUCAGCAUUACGAGAACAUUGGGCGUGGCCGUCAGUCAUUUAAAUAGUCAGUAAACAACAGUGAUGAAAAUAGGGCAAUACGAGUGUUAAAAGUAAUAAUCAAACAUACACACAAACGCAAACACUUAUGUGAUGUUUCUUUCGAUCUAGAUUAGUGCGAUGGCGGAAAAUGAUGUUGGAAAAUAUAGUGAGGGUGUGCGGAUUGAUGGCAGAAAGCGAUUCCGUUUUUGGUUGUGUGUGCACUGUCGCACACGCGAACACACACUUUCCUUAGCACCUUCCUACUUUCCUCGAUAAUUUAUUUUCUAACAUUUUUGGCUUAAUAAAAUUUUUAAAA